AUGGCUCCUCCGAUCGAGCCGACGUCAAAGCUGGUCGAGCUACUAAGCGAUAAGUCAAAGAAUCCCAAUUUGACCAUCGUAGACACCAUUUUAUUUCAUCUUGGCCUUGCGGAUAUCUAUUCGUUGCAUGCGACAAGUCGAUCAUUGCGCUGGCUCGUCGAUUAUCUGACUGAUUCACCACGUCUUCUUGACGUUAACAAACAAUUGGCAUCAUUUGUUAAAGACCCAGCACAAUUCCGAUAUGAGUUAGGGAAAUACGAUGCCCUUAUCUCUGGAGACUUUGUCCGAAACUUCUUUGACUUUGGGCGCUGGGAAGAUACCAGACUCGUUAUCUACGCUCAAGAAGGCCCAAAAUCGCAAGGUGUUACGGAUUAUUUGACCGAAUGCGAAGGAUAUCAGAAUGGAACAAAACGCCCAGAAAUCUUCAGGCGCGAUGGUGUUACAAGUCCGUGCAUAGUCAUCAAGACUGCAGCAACCUCUCCGAUUGUUGAGGUUAUCAAUAAAGCUCAGACGACGGCUGAUCUGAACAUAAUAUCCUGGAACAAAGCCUACUGCCUGCUGCCGCUCCCAACAAUCGCCUCCCACAAAUUCUACCCGUUGAAGCCCUUCGACAACACAUUUGGAAAAGCACUUCGGCAGUACACCAAACAAGGCUGGACUACGCGAGAUAUGCUUUGGCCGGAUAUGACCAGAGAACUCAUACCACAGAAAGAAUGCCAUCGAGUCGGAGAUUCCAGGUCACUGGUCAUAAAGCUUGGUAAACUUCCCCGCGGAGACUUCACUCCCGACUACGUUCUCGAAGGAAACGUGUUCUCAAUGGUAUGGGAGUCAGAUUCCACUCAUCGAUCUCUCGCUGUUGGUACAGAGUCGGUGAUCAAGUCAUUCACAUUACGUCAUACAUACAGCAAUGGUUCAAAGGGCAUCGCUCGUGUCUCGUGGAGGAGAUUCUUGGACGAACGAUUGAGGCGUUGGGUCUUUGUUGAGAUGAUCAAGAUGGACCGGGAUAAACGGCCAACGGGGUUUUACUUCUUGAGUCCUGGAAACUACAAUGUGACCAUUCCAGGUGAUUAUAAACCACCAGAUGACUGGGAUUAUGCGGAUGAUCAGAUUAUCCCCUGGUUCCAAGAAUGGGAGAGGUCUUAA